AUGACAAACGACGAGACAGAUUUCCACCGAAAUGUACCCGAGGAUUCAAAGGACCGAAACCCUCAAAAGCGAGAUGUCAUGCCCGCCGGGGACAUCGCCCCAACCGCCGACCCCGAAAUCUCCGAGGUCACUACGCUCAUAGACGAGCCAUCGAGCAGCAGCAGCAAUGAGGUCGACCCGGACGAUAAGCCUCUCCCCGUGGCUCAAAUUCUUGUGUUAUGCUACGCACGAUGGGUCGAGCCCGUGGCCUUCUUCUCCAUCUUCCCCUACAUCAACAAGAUGGCGCAAGAGAACGGCAACCUGGCAGACGCCGACGUCGGUUUCUACAGCGGCCUGAUCGAGUCGCUGUUCUCCUUGACGCAGAUGGCUGUCAUGAUCCUGUGGGGAAGGGCAGCGGAUCGCUUCGGGAGGAAACCGGUGCUGGUGUUCUCUCUGAUGGGGGUCACUCUUGCGACAGCCCUGUUUGGCAUGGCCAAGACCAUCUCGCAGAUGAUUCUGUUUCGGUGUCUGGCGGGUGUCUUUGCGGGGACCAUCGUGACGAUCCGGACCAUGAUUUCCGAGCACAGCACCGCCAAAACACAGGCUCGGGCAUUCAGCUGGUUUGCCUUUACCGGAAACCUGGGGAUUCUCUUUGGGGGGGCGCUGGCGGAUCCUGCCGGGCAGUACCCUGGGCUCUUUGGCAACAUCCAGUUCUUCAAAGACUAUCCUUAUGCAUUGCCUAGUUUUGUUGUGGGUGGCAUCGCCGUUACUGCGGUAUUGGUUACUGCUUUCCUUGCUGAGGAGACGCUGAAGAAGGACAUAUUUGGCGGCGGCAGCGAUACCGAGGAGUCUGGUGCCCCGGCCAAACCUGCGUCCAUGACUACUUGGGAUCUUUUGAAGUCCCCGGGUGUGCCCAUUGUUCUCUACACUUACGGUCAUAUUAUGCUGUUGGCCUUCUCCUAUACAGCAAUUGUGCCCGUCUAUUGGUUCACUCGCAUUGACCUCGGAGGCCUUGGGUUUACGCCUUUGCAGAUCUCGCUCCUGCUGGGCCUCAACGGCCUGGCACAGGCGAUUUGGAUCCUGCUCGUCUUCCCUCCCCUCCAGCACCGCAUCGGCACCAAUGGCGUCCUGCGGGUAUGCGCGAUCGCGUAUCCGUUCUUCUUUGCCGUAUGCCCCUUUUUCAGUGUCCUUUUGCGCUACGGUGGCUCGACGGGCGAGACUAUCUUCUGGUUCAUCACUCCGGUCCUGCUGUGUCUCGGAUGCGGCGUUAGCAUGUCCUUUACAGCUAUCCAGCUCGCUCUCAACGAUGCCUCGCCCAGCCCCGUCACCCUCGGGACGCUGAACGCGUUGGCUCUGUCGCUUGUUAGCGGUGUACGAUCCUUCUCGCCGGCUUUGUUUGCUAGUCUCUUUGCUAUCAGCGCUCGUACACAGUGGCUAUGGGGUUAUGCUAUCUGGGUCUUGAUGGUGCUGCUGGCGUUGGGCUACACUGUUGUCAGCAGGUAUAUGCCGGAUUAUGAUGAGUUGAGGAGACAAAGGGAGAGACGAGAACUGGAUGAGGAUGGCUUGUUGAAUGUUGGAGGCUUGACCGGAGUUACGAUAGCUGGCGCGGAGGCUUAUACUGAAUAAGGACAUUGUGUUGCUUCAAGAUCCAACCAAGGGCAAUCACGGUUAGAAGGCAAGGAUGGGAAGUGUGAGGCACUGCAAAAUCGUGGAAUUACCUUUUGGCAUAAGGAAAAGAGUCAGCUUGUAAGCACAGGUAUAGAAUUGUUAUAGACUAUCAGAGCGCUUGACUUCUCACCCAUCUUCACCUGGGAAGCAAUUGUGUCGUGGUGUAGCAGUUAAGUAGCUCGAGUAGUUAGGGGCAUACUGUGCAGAUUCUCCGUGCACUUUCUGUCAACGCACCGUGGCCGAUCACGUCAC